AUGUCGAGGAUGAGGCAACAGUCGAACGGUAGAAUUUCUUUGGGGAAGUUAUCUUUUUUCGGUAUCCUGAUGUUGUUUGGGAACGAUUACUCGAAUGAGGAUAUCUAUGGAAAAUCGCACAAGAAGGUAAAAUGGAAAAAUGUGUUAAACGCAAGAACUAGCAGAUUACUGAGAGGAUAUGAACAAACGCAGAACUGUGAUGAUUAUGAACGUUUAAAGGGAAAAUUAAUGGGUUUAGUUGAUGAAGAUGAUCAAGAAUUUACAAGCCGCUUGAAAUCGUGUAUGAAAGAUGAUAAAUUUAAAGAACAGUUCAAUUUAUUAUUGAAUGAUGAUGAUAUUACCUCAGAAUAUAAAGCAAUAAUCGAUGAUAAAAGUCAUAGAAACUCACACACUAACUUAGAGCAUACUGUUCACUUCACUACGCACGAACUUGAGAAUUCUUCACGUAAUACAUGUGAGUCGCAAGAUUUUACUCCACACUAUGACUCUAAAAAUGUAGAACAAAUUGGAAAACCCAACUACAAUCAACGUAAACAGAAAAACGCUUAUAAUAAAGAAGGUACCUAUUGUGAUAACUAUGGUGAUGAUGACUACCAUGAGGUCUAUGACAAGGCCUAUAACAAAGAUUAUGACAAAAAAUAUGACACAGACAAUAAAAAAUACUAUAAAAAGGAAUAUGGUGAUUACUAUGAUAAUGACAAUGAUACUGAGUACGGUGACGAAAAUGAUAAUGAUUAUCAAGACGAAUAUGUAAAUAAAUAUUAUAAUAAGUAUGCAAAUGAGUAUGAACAUAAAUAUGAACAUAAGCAUGAAAGUAAACAUGGAAAUAAAUAUGAAAAUAAGCAUGAAAGUAAACGUGGAAAUAAAUAUGAAAAUAAGCAUGAAAAAAUCAGCCUGAAGUUCAACCCGGAUUUCAUCCUGGAAUUAAACCUGGACCACAACCUGCAAUUAAAACUGUACCACAUCCUGGGAUUAAACCUGGACAACAUCCUGGAUUUCAACCACCACUUCAACCUGGAUUCCAGCCCGGAUUCCAGUCCGAAUUUCAACCUGGAAUUAAACCUGGACAACAUCCUGGAAUUAAACCUGGACCACAACCUGCAAUUAAAACUCCUGGAUUUCAACCACCACUUCAACCUGGAUUCCAGCCCGGAUUUCAACCUGGACUUCAACCUGGAUUCCAGCCCGGAUUUCAACCUGGAUUCCAGUCCGGAUUUCAACCUGGAUUCCAGUCCGGAUUUCAACCUGCACUCCAACCUGCACUCCAAUCUGGACUUCAAGGUGGAAAUGACCCAAAAAAAACAAAUAAUGAUAAAAACAAACAAAAUGAACAAAAUAAUAAGAAAUCCCUAA